AUAGAUCAUUUGCCUAUUCCUCCAUCACAUGUGAUUUUUUUGUAAACAAUCUUUUUUGUUAACUGUUUAUUUUUUAAUUUUAUUUCAAAUUGGAUCAAUUUUAGCGAUGAAUAAUAUACCUCGCUCAUUUCUUAGAUUAUUUAAAUCGUAUAGAUUCUCAAAUUCAUCCAAUGUUAAUGUGCGUACGUUUGUUAAUCUUCGCAAUAUAACGAAAGGGAUGACAAAGAAAAGUGUUGCCAUUUCCACUGGUAUCUUGGCCAGUUAUGGGUUAACUUAUUUGUAUUUAAGAAAUGAAAAGGAAUUGAAAAAGAAAAAGGAGAGAAGUGAAAUGGUCAAGAAAACAAUUGGAGGUGCAUUUGAUUUGAUUGACCACCAUGGCAAGCCUUUUGGAAGCAAUGAAAUUAUGGGUCGAUGGUCAUUAAUGUAUUUCGGAUUCACUCACUGUCCUGACAUUUGUCCCGAUGAAUUGGAUAAGAUUUCCGAAGUGGUGGAUAAACUUUCAAAGCGAGAUGAUAUACCUGAAGUCGUUCCAUUAUUUGUUACUGUUGAUCCCUCUCGUGAUGAUCCUCCUGCAAUUGCUAAGUACUUAGCUGAUUUUUCACCCAAGUUCAUUGGGUUAACUGGUACCAAAGAGGCAGUUAAGAAAGUUUGUGAUUUAUUCCGAGUUUACAGCCAUGCUGGAAUACCUGAUGACAACAAUGAAUAUAUUGUGGAUCAUACAAUUGUGACCUACCUUCUAAAUCCAGAAGGAGAAUUUGUAGAUUAUUAUAUGAGAUCCAAUGAAUCUGAUGCAAUAGUGAAUGCAGUUAUACAUCAUAUGAAGGACUAUGAAACACUACAUAAGAAGAAAUUUUGGUUAAUCAGUUAAAUGUUAAGCUACUUGUUUUAUUUUCGCUUAACCGAUUUAUUUAACUGAAUGUAUAGUUCAUAUCUCCUUAUGCAUAUUUCCUUAUGGAGCGUUUGCAUCUGUGUUUAAGCUGAGGUAAUAACUUACAAUUGUAAUAUAAUCAAAUCGCCGAUCUAUGUUUAGGAAAUAAACUCGUUUAGGAUGCAGUAA